CAUGUACAGUAUCUGAGCCUGAAGUCACAGCUGUCCGCACACACACGCACACAGGAGUCGGUGAGGAUGGUUAAACUGCUUCAGUCGUCGCUCAGCUGGAACUGAAAGAACGAGUGAUCAUGGCUGCAGUCGGAGCAGAGGUCACCAGCUCUUGGUUCCUGGCAUCAGGAGUCAUCGGUUUCUUCAUCCUCCUCCUCCUCCUCUCCAUCUUCCUCACAGCUCUGUGCACCGAGUGCAACAGACGUUCAUUUGAUCUGCGAGAGCCUGGACCGGACAAAUAUCCUCCAGCUCUCAUCAGAGUGGUGAAGCUGGAGGAGGUGGCGAGGGAGAAUCCGAUGAUCAAUGAGAUCCAAAAUGAUGAAAAAGAGUUUAAACCUGAUGAAGGAAACUCUGUCCCGAUCACUCAGUGGAGUAACCACAUGGGGGCGCCACAGCACCAAGAUGGUCGGACCAAUGGCAGCACAGCAGUGAAGACAGGAAGUGAUCUGGAUGCUGUUAUCGAGUCAAAUUCUGAGGCAGAAGAGUCGAUGACGUUCACUCCGUGGAGAAGCCACUUGUUGGACUCAGACUCCACAAACAUCUACCAGACCAUCGAAGCACGACGGCGCAGCGGCGAUGUGUCAUCGCAGCCGACCAUCUGUGAGCCGGCGCAGGACGAGGGAGGCGCGGCAGGUCUGAGCGACCGCGACAGAAACUCAGUGUACGCACGAGUCAGCAAGAAGGUGAGACUUACCACGCCCCCCGUCAUCACACCUGAGAAGGAGGAGAAGCAGGAGGAGGAAGAGGAGCCUUCACCUCCGCUGCCUGACAGGAAGGGAGAGCUGGAAGGAUGAUGAUGAUGAUGAUGAUGAUGAUGAUGAUGAUGUUAAAGAAGGACAAAUCAUGAAAGAAUGAAGAUAAAAGACAAACAACACAGAAUGAAAUAA